AGCCCCUAAACGAUUUCUUUCUACUAAGUCCAUCUGAUGAAAGAAUCCAUGUCUUCUCUAGCUUUAGAACCCGUCUCCAUCAUCAUCCAACCAAAGAUUACUACAGCGAAGAGACAUCCUGAUCUUCAAAGCACGAACCUUUCACUCCUCCGCCUCUGCAACCACCUCCAGGAAGCCCGGCAAAUCCACGCCCGAAUGGUCAAAUCCUCCCAAAUCACCGACCCUUACUCAGCCGGCCGAAUGUCGGAGUUCUACGCGCUCUCCUGCUCCGGCACCCUCCAUGAUGCCGAGAAAAUUCUUGUAUCCCUCCACCAACCUCCAAUCUUCAUCUACAACAUAAUCAUGAGAGGUCAUCUUAUCAGCGAAACUCCGCUCAAUUCCAUUAAGCUCUACCAUCAAUCCCUCAUCAACUCCAUUGAUCCCGACCAUUUCACCUUCACCUUUGCCCUUAAGGCCUGCACCCACCUGCGUGAUCUUGGAAUUGGAAUGCAGCUUCAUUCUCAUGUUGUCAAGCUUGGGUUUUGUUCAAACGCCCACAUUCUUAACAAGCUCAUACAUUUGUAUGCUGUCGCCGCCGGCAGAAUGGAUGAUGCCCGCAAGGUAUUCGACGCGAGUCCUGAUCCAGAUGCAGUUGCUUGGAAUAGCAUGCUCGAGGGCUAUGCUCAUAAUAGGGAUGGUGGAUCCCUUCAUGACUUUUUCCACCGAAUGAAGCAACGGGAUGUUGUUUCCUGGAAUACUGUACUUGCCUUCUAUGUUGAGACUGCUUGUCAUUUAGGUGCAUUGGGUCAAGGUAAAUGGGUACAUGCUUAUAUCAACCGGCAUGGAGUUGAGCUUGAUGAGAACCUUAGCUCUGCUUUGAUUAACAUGUAUUCCAAGUGUGGGUGCAUUGAAGGUGCAAUUCAUGUCUUUGAGGCAAAGAAAUGGAAAAAGGUGGACAAUUGGAAUGCCAUGAUUGCUGGCUUUACCUCAAAUGGUCAUAGCUUGAAGGCCAUAAAACUUUUCUCAGAGAUGUUGGCUGCAGGAGUGCUUCCCAAUGAAAUCUCCUUUGCUUGUGUACUGAAUGCUUGCAGCCAUGGCGGACUUGUUGAAGAAGGAAAGGAGUAUUUUCGAAAGAUGGCGGCGGUUUAUGGCCUCAAACCCGACAUUGAGCAUUAUGGGUGCAUGGUAGAUCUCUUUAGCCGGGCAGGAUUCUUCGAUGAUGUGGAAAAGAUGAUUCAACAAAUGCCAAUGGAGCCAGAUAUAGUGAUGUGGAAAGCAUUGGUGGGUGCUUGUAGAAUUUACAGGAAAUUUGAACUUGGUGAGAAGGCUGGAUAUAGACUAAUUGAAGCAGCUCCGGACGAUCAUGCUGGUUAUGUUUUGCUAUCAAAUAUAUAUGCAAUGAAGCAUGACUGGCAUGGAGUUCAUAGGGUGAGGAAGAUGAUGUUGGAGAGAGGGGUGAGGAAAGUACCUGGUUGCAGUUCAAUUGAGUUAGAUGGUGUUUCUUAUGAAUUUAUAGCAGGAAAUGCCACACAUGGCAACAAGAGAGAGCUUUAUGAGAUGUUGGAGGAGAUGGGAAGCAGGUUGAGGCUUGCAGGAUAUGAGCCAGAUGUUACACAGGUGCUUCUGGACAUAGAGGAAGAAGAAGUGAAGGAGAGCUCUUUAUCGCAACAUAGUGAGAAACUGGCAAUAGCCUUUGGAUUAGUGAGUACUAAUCCAGGCACAGUCAUCAGGGUGGUGAAGAAUCUUAGAGUAUGUGGAGAUUGUCAUUCUGCAAUAAAGCUUCUCAGUAAAAUCUAUGGAAGGGAUAUAAUUGUAAGGGAUUCAAACAGAUUUCACUCCUUCAGCAAUGGGUUCUGCUCUUGUGGAGACUAUUGGUAGCAACUCUAAAUAGUGAUGGACUCUUAUCGAAGAUGGAUGAGGAGGUUUUCAUAUAAUUUUAUACUUGCUACAGGAACCCAUAAAAGAUGUAUUAGUCACCACAGUAAGGGGCUGUUUGGUAGCAAGACUUAGGCUGGAUUUGAGGCGGAUUUGAGUGAAAUCCAGCCAAACGGCCUAAAAUGCAAAACCAAAUCUCACAGCAAAGGAAAUCCGCCGCAGACGGAAAAUUCCGCCGAUUCGCUCUAAAUCCCGGAUUUCCGAAAUCCUAUGUUUUGCCGGAUUUACGAAAUCCAUGGCGCUAGAGGAAGAAUCCGCUCGGUAAAUUAUAUUCUAUAGCCAAACAGUCACAUGAGAUUUAAGAGAAUUUAUCAUGAAUGUUACCAAACAGUUUUCAGAAUUUAAGCCUCUCAUGAUUUCCGAAAUCCGGAUUUAGAGGAUUUACGAAAUCCUACUUAAAUCAAAUCCGGGAUGCUACCAAACAGCCCCUAAACAAAACUUGUAAGUAGAACAUUCAUUUUUUAAUUAUUGAAAGUUGGUGUGCAGAAACGCUGGAGUUGGAGGAUGAUACUUGGUAUUUUUUAUAGCAAUUAUAGAGAGAAGAAUGGAAAAGAGAGAACAAUGAGAGUGACUGGAAUUUUAUUAAGAGGAUGAGGAAGAAGAAGAAGAAUAGUAUUAGACGCUGGGUCUUGGCAUAGGGAAUUCUAGUAAUAAGACUCCUGAUACAGUAACUUCAUUUCCUUGUUAUCUUCACCUUAAAAUAUAUUUAUAAACAUACAAGGAAUUUGUUGCUACAAGAAUAACAAUUUAAGUAAGCAGUCCUGCCUUGUUAAUCAACCUUUAUAAAGUGUGGGCUUCAAUUGCUCUUUAACAUCCCCGCUUGAUCUUUUUUUCUUUGGCUCUUUGAUUGUGCAAUCUCUGCUCGUUAACAAUAGGACUGUUGACCCCUAUAUGCAAAAAUAGGGAGAAAAAAAAAAGGCGAAAACAGAUGAAUCAAGUAGCGCCGGUCGACGUGACACACAACUUGAAAGGUCAAACAACUUUUGAUUGUCAAAAGGACUAUGUUGCAAUCAGGACGUCCGAUUCGUCUAAGUCGAGACCCCUCGAGGUCAAAUCAAACGAGAUCGAUCUAAAAGGAUGACUGGCACCCAAAAUUGACUCUCGACGUCGCUAAAACGACAUCUGAUCGAAGAACAGACUAUGUCGUUGAGUCUGGAACGUCUUCGACAUUCAAAAAAAAUAUUUUAUUUGAUCAAUUGGGAUCGCCCGAGACAGUGGCAUGAAUCCUAAGGUGACGAUGAGCAAAUCGAGGAAAUUAAAACAUGACGUCGCCCAAAUGAUGUCCGAUCAUAGAACAGACUUCAUCAUUACGUCGGGAACGUCGCCGACAUUAAAAAACAACACUUUAUUUGAUUGAUUGGGAUCAGUUGUGGUGGUGGCACGAAUUUUGAAGUAACAACAUACAAAUUAAGGAAAAUGGCAUCCAAUCUCAAAAUGGACUUUGUCUUUUGAGUUUUGAACAUCAACAAUAUCCAAAAGUACAUUGUCAAGUUGUCCAACGAAAGUUAUGUGGCAAGAUCGACGUGCAAAACGAAGCA